AAGGUGGAAGGUGGUUUGUAUGGUUCAGUUGUGAAAAUGUUUUUUCUUUGGAGUCUUGUAGCGAUGGGACUGUUUUUCACGGUUCCUGUUCUGACGCAGCAAGGACAUGAUAUUACCGUGAGCUGUGGGCAGGACUCCAUUACUGUGAGUGUGGACCUUAAAGUGCGCUCUCUUUUACCUCUGGACCCUUCUGGCCUGCUACUGGGAAGCUGUCCAGUGUCUAAUGUUGCACAAGGACAAGCAGUAUUCCAGAGUGAAUUCCUGGACUGUCGUUUCAUGCGCAUGGCAACUGCUGACAUCCUGGUUUACAAAAAUGUCCUGACGUACCAACCCACAACCUCUGCCUUCUACCCAUCUCCUUUCUCUGAACCCAUUGAGUGUACCUAUGUAAAGUCUCCUGACUGGACUCCUCCCUUGUAUAACCCUGCCCUGGGAGAUGCUUCUGGAUUUGGAACCCUGACUUUUUCCAUGGACAUUAUGGCAGAUGACUUCAGUGCCCCCAGGGUCUCCACCACGUUCUUCCUGGGGUCACUUAUUCCCAUCCAGGCUGCAGUGGACCAGCAGUUCCACAUGCCUCUGAUCCUCUUCCUGGAAGAGUGUGUUGCUGCCACCACUGCAGUGCUGAGUCCUUCAAGCCAGACCUACUCGCUCAUCAACAACUAUGGGUGCUUUGAGGACAGCAAAACCUCUAACUCCAGGUUCCUGCCCAGAUCCCAGACCUCAAAUAUUCAGGUGUUGGUACAGGCCUUCAAGUUCAUGACACAAAAUGAUGUUUAUCUUCACUGUCAGCUGGUGGCCUGGGACCCUGCACGUUUAAAUGACCCCACCAAGAAAGCCUGCAACUUCAACAAGACCACCAACAGGUGGGAGCUACUAGAUGAUCCUUCACAGUAUGUGCUAUGUGACUGCUGUACCUCAAGCUGUGUGGGAAGGAGAAAGAGAGAUGCAGAUGUGCAGGGACUGAGGCACACUACGGUACUGGGACCACUGAGGAUUGUGCCUGAAGAGGAUCCAGGUGACUUCUUUGAAACCAAGGUCCCUGCAGUCAUCAUACAAGAGGAGGAUCCAGUUCCCAUCUGGGUGAUCUUCUUGGCUGGAGCACUGCUAGUGACCGUCCUCCUUGGUGCCCUGUCUCUGAUGUACUACUUCUGUGUCUGGUCUCCCUCAGGAGUGCAGACCAAGCCACAGAGUGAGCUACUCAUCCCUGCCCAGAUAGAUGAGGUGCACAGGGUUGUUGGCAUUCACUGCAGCUUUCCAAAGGAAUCCUAAUGAUCUGUAUGUCAUGGAUCCUGGUUGAAAUAAAAGAAUAAAGAACUUGCAUAGCA